GUUAAAGGCCGGUCCGCCAACCCAAACCCAGAGAAGAAGAGUCACGUUGUUUCGACGCACGCUGGCAUGAGAGAAACAAAUACACAUCCUUACCUUUUUUAAAUUUUUAAAAAUUUAAACCGAUUCAAGCAUGGACACUCAAAAAGACGUGCAACCCCCCAAGCAACAGCCUAUGAUCUACAUAUGUGGGGAAUGCCACACUGAAAAUGAAAUUAAGGCCCGUGAUCCAAUCAGAUGCAGAGAGUGUGGAUACAGAAUCAUGUACAAGAAGAGAACAAAGAGAUUGGUUGUGUUUGACGCUCGGUGAAGUUGACGACGACAACAUUGACUAGGCACAUUUUUAUUCUGUUCGUUUUUAGGGUGUCCCAGUGUAAAUAAAUUUGAUUUACAAGUCA